UUUCACCUUGUUUUGGACGAGAUGUACCUAAUAAUUAUCAUUUUAUUUCAAAACAAGUUCCUUUUGGAUUCCUAUUAUCUAUAAAUAUCAUUAUUGUUACUUUACAAUAUUUCUUAGUAAGACACAUAGCUGUGACACAAAAAGAUCGAACAUGAUGGAGCAACGUCAGGAGAACGACCAAGUCCUGGACGCGGAGACCUGGCCACAGGAAGCGGAAGCUGCCAUCAACGACAUCAGGAAACACGUCAAAUCCGCCAGCAUAUCUCCGAUACUCAAGAGCAACAACCAGCGGAUCUACAUCAACUUGAUGACGCUUGAAGAAGCAUCGUAUUGCGUGGAGAUGUCUGCAGCUGGGUUCAGGGUGGUUGGCAGAAAGUACGACGAUACUUCGCUGUCUACUAUAGAGAACAUGAACUAUGAGACCCCGUAUGCGCUGCUCAACAGCAUCAGUCAAAAAUACAGGGAGUCCUUCGGCGGAGAGCUCAUGAACAAACUGCUGGACCUGGCCAAAAAUUCCGAAGGCUGAAAUUCCCUUGGCAGGUUUAUUCCAACAAAUACACUUCCCAGUAGUCCAACUGUUGAAAAAUUAUAGAUAUUUUAACACAAUCGAACUGUCAGGACCCGAGUUUUCUUUUCAAUCAAAUGUAGCUGUUGCUCUCUCAAAUAUUUCUGUCAGCUAAGGGUAUUUUCAAUAUAUCUUAGUAAUAAAAACAAGUCUGGCGGAAGUCGGACCGCAGACUUCGACCAGACAAUGUAAAAUGUAAAUUCCAUUGUCGACAGAUAACCGGUUAAUGUGUAGAAAUUAUAUCCAUAAGGGAAACAGCGCUCUCAUUUAGUUUUAACUCUUUGCUAAUCAUUUUUAUAAACCUAGUAUGAUUUUGGAUUUUGUCAAAGGUUUAUUGUUUUCCUUUUGAGAUACGGAGUCCUAAAAUCAUGCAAUGGGAAGUGUACGGGAAUAAACAUUCGGCAUAUGUAGCGAAAGUAAGGUCGCUUGGCAGCUAUCGUAGGUGCUUAGAAAUUGUGGCAAAUCUAUUAUAAUAGGUGUUGUUUGGAUUUUCCGUUAUUUGUUACUUUGUAGGCGAGGCACCGCACGUUUUCAACGUGUCAAUUUGUGUAAUUGUUAACCUUGUAAAGACCAUCAUGGACGGUGAAAUUGCUAUGUACGUAUAUCCCCCAUCUAUAUUUAAUCUAACCCCCCUUAGUAAUAAAAUUACACAAAUUAAAGAACAAAGCAAAAUUGAAUUCAAUGAAGGACUUUCCAAUCGACGUUCCCCAAACACACGAUAGAUGGCAAUCACUUUUGACGUGAUAAUUACCUAUUUUCUCAUUGCUGGGGUAUGUAAUUAUUCAAGAAUGUAAUGUAAUGGCAGACGCAUAUAUAAAACUAAGUGUUGCUUGAUAUUUGGAUCACAUUAUGUAUAGAUUGAUGUUGCCACCUUUAAUGCUUCUCUUUAUUUUGAUCAGAAUAAUAAUGGGUGGAAGUUGUAAUUUUACCUUGGUGUAAUAAAUAAUGUUAAACACCGACGGGUCCAUGGUGUUAUAGGAUAGAAAAAACGCGGUGUUGCCAUAAUACAAAAAAGCAUAAAUUUUAGUGUACUACACAAUAAUGUUAUGUUGUAGUAUUUUCACCGUCAAUGAUAGGAUUAAGAGCUUUAUAGCUAUUGUUACCUGAUAAAUUGAUAAAUAAAUCUUAUUUAGUUCCGGUAGUAAUCGGUUUUAAAUAUCAGAUGAAUAUAAUUGUUUCAAUUAUAAAACAGGGUGUACUUUUGGAAGAAACUUGAAUAUUCAGAGAGGACUUUUAUAUAAUCGCAUAUAUUCUACAAUAGUUUCGUCGAAAGUAACGAAAUAAGCAAAGAAUUUAUCAAUAAUUGUAGCCGUUA